GUUCUUUCUUUCCUGAACCCCAACCAAGAAGAAGAUUUAUUGGGUUGCUUGCUCCAUUGCUUCAAAGAUCUCCAUUUUCUCAGGUGACUCGUUUCUUCGACCUUGAAUUGAUCCACCCACUAAUUUUAGUCAAAUGUUCAAUUUGUCUCGCAAGUCAUUUCCGCAUUUGAGGCUCUCUGCUCAUAGAUCUUCGGCCACUGUUAUAAAGUUCUACGCCACGAAAUCUGGAGAUGAAUCCUUAGGCCCAUCGAAGAAGAAAGAUUCGUUCAUAGUUUCUUAUCUCGUAGACAGACUUGGGUUUGCUCCAGAAAAGGCUCUUUCAGCUUCCAACUAUCUGAAGUUUGAAACCCUAGAUAAACCCGAAUCUGUGAUUUCGUUCUUGAAAUCUAAUGGAUUCACAGAAACCCAGAUCUCAAAACUUGUCCGGAAGUGCCCUACAGUCAUUUUGUCUAAUCCCCAGAAUACCCUUUUGCCCAAGAUUGAUUUUUUCAAGUCUUUAGGUUUCACAGAGGAAGAUUAUACUGUUAUGCUCUCUGGAUCCCCAGGUAUUUUCACUAGAGGCUUAGAGAAUACCCUUUCCCCUACUGUGGAUUUCUUCAAGCAGUUCCUUUCUUCUCCUGAUACACUAAAAGUUGCUCUGAAGCGGAGUUCUUGGACGCUUUCCUCGCCAGCCAGGUCUGCGAUGAAGGAUAAUGUUCAACUUCUGAUGGAAAUGGAAGUGCCCGAAUCAAGGAUCGCGCAUUAUCUUCGUCACCAGCCUAGGAUGUUCGCCAAGGAAAAAGACAGGUUUAGAAAGAUUCUUGAUGAGGUCAAAGGGAUGGGGUUUGAUCCUUCAAAAAAAACAUUUCUAUCUGCAGUUCACGUGUCGUGUUCCAUGAAUAAAUCAACUUGGAAAAAGAAGAUCAGUGUUUACAAGAAGUGGGGACUUUCGGAGGAUGAGAUUCUUCAAGUGUUUGGGAAGAACCCUUGGAUUAUGGCAUGCUCUGAAGAGAAGAUUGUGCUGGCAAUGGACUUUCUAGUCAAUAGAAUGGGCUUCAAAGCUUCUGAUAUCUUGAGGACUCCAAUGCUGAUUUUUCUUAGCUUGAAGAAGAGAAUCAUUCCUAGAUGUGUUGUUUAUCAAACUUUGGUAGCUGAGGGUUUGUUAAAAAAUGACCUAAAGCUACUUACUAGGAUGUUAAUCGUUCAAGAAAAGAUUUUUCAAACGAAGUAUCUGAAAUGCUAUGAGGAAAACGUUCCUGACCUUUUGAAGCUAUAUCAGGGAGCUACAUCGCAUGGAUUCUUCAAACAAGUGUCGACCCAGUUCCCUACCCUGUCCCUAUAAUCCAAGGGUAAUUAGUGCUUGAGUGGUUAAAAAUUUGUUGGUCUAAGCACAUUACUGCAUCUUUUUUUAGGUUUCAUGAAAUUAAGUUCAUCAUUGAAGAGCAGACCGAAUGUGAAUCACGCUGUUUUCAAGAAGCCAAACCAAUCUGCCACUCCUAUCCCCAUUCCCAUUUUCAAGGGGAGGCAUGUUUUUUGCUCCAUUCUUGAAUGUAAGCAUUGAGUUUUCUUGAAAUCGGGUGGCGGUCAAUCUUAACUGAUAUCAUUUAGGUCAACAAGAUCCAAAUACCAUGUAAAUGAGCCAAUUCAAUCAAAAGUUCAAGACUGUGAUUGUAAGCUUGGGAAAAGUUUUAUACUCUAAUGUACUUAAAUGUAUGUUGGCUACUUGACUUUUAGUUUUUAAUUAAUAUUCGUGUUAUUGAUUGAAUUGGUGGAAAACCGUGCUUGAUAAGGACUUCGGAGAUUUUUAUAACUAUGUAAUUUUUCCCCCCUCUUUAAGUAUAUCUAUUUUGUUUCUUUAGAAUAAAGUUUGGGUAGUGAA